GAAAGAGAGCAAGAGAGAGAGUGUGUGUGUGUGUGUGUGUGUGUGUGUGUGUGUGUGUGUGUGUGUGUGUGUGUGUGUGUGUGUGUGUGUGUGUGUGUGUGUGUGUGUGUGUGUGUGUGUGUGUGUGUGUGUGUGUGUGUGCGCGCGCGCGUGUGUGUGUGUGUGUGUGUGUGUGUGUGUGUGUGUGUGUGUGUGUGUGUGUGUGUGUGUGUGUGUGUGUGUGUUGAGGGUCCUCUCGUGAGCACGCAGCAUCUCCGCGAGGAAUUCGGUUCAGGGGGGGAGGCGCCAACCACGGCGCGUGGCAUGACUUUGUCUGAAUUGAACAAUUAACCUUGAUGAGCAGCGAGCGUUCCGGCCCUAAUAGGCUCCUGAGUGGUGGCGCAGGUGCUUGGCAUGUGUGGCGACCGUGUCCCAAUCCAACCCAUUAGUGUUCAGUACUGAAGUCAACGCGUCGUAAGCCGUAUCGAAUCCAAGUCAAACCUAGUCAAACCUAGGAUAGGAGAAGUCGCAUUUUUUUUUCCCUCGCUUCAUGCGUUUGGAGCAUUUAUUUUAUAUUUCGUCCCCGCAUAACGACACGAGUAGGCUACAGCAGUCCGUUCAUGGGUAACGGACAUAUCGUGGGAAUCAGAGCAAAGCUGCAUUGAUUGGAGACCAUUUUUUUGCCCGCCCUGUGAAUUGCCAGUGGUGGCACGGAGUCGUCCACGCGCUCUGCUCCUCUGUCGGACCAGCAGCAGCUGAAGCAGCGGUGUAGUCAAUCUGGGCGCCCGGCGAAGACCCUGCCGUCCGCUCCACGCCUCACCUCCUCCGGCAGCACCAACGAUACCACCACCACAACACCACCAGCCAGCCCGGACACUUGAGAUGAGGACCGCGUCCCGAGCCUGUUCCGCGUGAAGAGGCUGAACAAGGAGGAGGAGGGGGGUGGGGGCAGUUUUCUUCGGCGUCUUGCGGUCCCGCAUUGAGGAGGCUAAGGACGAGGAGGGGUGGGGGGGACGGAGACGGAAAGUAGCCGCUGGUGCCGAGGAGCUGCGAUCAUGGAGCAGGAGCAGGACCAGGACCCGGGAGAGCGGGAGAACAUGAACGCCUCGAAGAAGAAGACGGUGUUUGCCAAGAUGUUCAAAGUUCGCAAGAGGAGGGAGAUGCUUUUUGUGCAAGUGUCGUUCGUGUGCAGCAUCCUGUUCGUGGCGUGGAGCAUGUCCACUCUGCUGACAAAGACAGGUCAUGGCAUGCAGGUGCAUGGCCACGCGGACCACGAGCACUGGGGCCGGCGCCUCAUGUCCUCGCCUACCGACGGCAACCAGACUGAGUCCAAGAACUGCACGGAACCCUCGGUCCACGAGUUUCCGGAGGACCUCUUCUCCUUUGAGGAGCUGAGGAGCGGCGCCAUUGUGCUCCAUAUCAUCGCGGCUCUCUACAUGUUCUUGGCCCUGGCUAUAAUAUGCGACGACUACUUUGUGACGUCGCUGGAGAAGAUCUGCGAGAAACUGGACCUGAGUGAGGACGUGGCCGGAGCCACCUUCAUGGCAGCUGGCAGCUCCGCACCAGAGCUGUUUGCCUCCGUCAUCGGUGUCUUCAUCACCCACGGCGAUGUGGGGGUGGGGACCAUCGUGGGCUCGGCUGUCUUCAACAUCCUGUGCAUCAUUGGCGUCUGUGGGAUCUUCGCUGGACAGGUGGUGAUGCUGACCCGCUGGUCGGUCUUCAGGGACUCCUUCUACUACACCCUGUCCGUGGUGGCGCUGAUCGCAUUCAUCUACGAUGAGAAGAUUGUGUGGUGGGAGAGUCUGGUGCUGGUGCUUAUGUACGUCGGCUACAUUGUCGUCAUGAAGUUCAACUCGAGCAUGCAGAAGUUCUUCACCGGCAAGCCGGGGAAGACCGUGGCCAACGGCAACGCGGCGGCGAGCAGUGAGAUGGAGGACGUCAAACCUAGCCAAGCCUCGCAAUUCAGUCGUGGUUCAGUGGUCAUGGUGGAUGAGAUCAUCAACGCCAGCCCACCCAAGUAUCGUUUCCCAGAGGCCGGCCUCCGCAUCAUGGUCACCAGCCAUUUUGGACCCAAGACCCGGCUACGCAUGGCCAGUCGCCUGAUAAUCACAGAGCGCCAGAAGUUGGUCCAAGCUGCCAACGGCGUUGAGACGCAGGUCAUUGACGGAAAGGUCAACGACAUUGAGAACGGAAACGUCCCCGAGGACAAGCCCAGUGAGGAGAAGGAAAACGAGACCAUCUCCCCCUUCCAUAUUCCAGCCGGCAUUGGCAGCAAGACUAAAUGGCUGAUUUCCUGGCCACUGCUCCUCAUCCUCUUCUUCACCAUCCCAAACUGCGCCAAACCUCGUUGGGAGAAGUUCUUCAUGCUCUCCUUCAUCCUCUCCACCGUCUGGAUCGCCAUCUUCUCCUACCUGAUGGUCUGGAUGGUCACCAUCAUCGGCUUCACCCUGGGCAUCCCCGACGUCAUCAUGGGCAUCACCUUCCUGGCCGCCGGCACCAGCGUUCCCGACUGCAUUGCCAGUCUCAUCGUGGCGCGCCAAGGACUGGGUGACAUGGCGGUGUCCAACACCAUCGGCAGCAACGUGUUUGACAUCCUGGUGGGUCUUGGAGUGCCCUGGGCCCUCCAGACCAUGUGCGUGGACUAUGGCUCCGAGGUGAUGAUCAACAGCCGGGGGCUGGUGUACUCUGUGGUGCUCCUGCUGGGCUCCGUCGGUCUCACAGUGCUGGGCAUCCACCUGAACAACUGGAGGCUGACCCCCAAGCUGGGCUGCACCGUGCUGGUGCUGUACGCCAUCUUCCUCUGCUUCUCCAUCAUGAUCGAGUACAACGUCUUCACCUUCGUCAACCUGCCCAUGUGCUUGGAGUAGAAGAGCAGAGGAGGGGGGAGGGCGUGGGAAACGUCCCCCCCCCCUCAACACCAACACACACACACACACACACACAUACACUCGUCCUAUUACAUGUUACACACACACGGCGCACUUCUGUGCCGAAACCCAAAGUGAUACUGGAUCUCAUUCUGUCCGCAGACUUCUAGAUGUGUCCCCCUCCCCUCUCUAUCUCAUCCUCACCCCGACCCAACCACACCACUCCUUACUCUAACCGCAUAACCUUGCCUGCGAAAAAAAAUAAUCUAACGUUUUGUCUCUUCUAUGACCUACAACUUGUUUACUCCAAGUUUGUUAGCAAAAAAAAAAAGAAACAAAAAAGAAGUGGCCCCCCCCUUCGUCUGAUUGGCCGCUCCUUCGACUCAGCGCUGGCCCUUUUUACGCCCUUAUUCGGGCAUUCCCCCUCCCCACUCCCCAACCGCCCUCUCUGCCCUGUUAAGUCUGUGUGCUCUUGCUGCACCCCCGCCGCCCCCCCCCCCCCCCCCCCCCCCCCCCCCUGUCGUCAAGCAUGGCUUUAUAUAGAUGUCAGGGCACCUGCUGUCUCAGGGGCCCUUCUUUCUGACUUGUAGGUGUUUCACCCACUGUGUCUCCCGCUGUAGAUUUACACACACACACACAUAUAUACACACAUACACACAUACACACGCCACCACAAGCAUCAUGAGACUCUGGGGCUAGGGGCCUGAAUCCCGCUUUAAUACGGACCCCCCCCCCCCCCAACCUCCGGGAGAGACCCACACUCUGUCCACGUUCUGACAUCUCUAUAGGUUGACCCAUGUCCCCCCUACCCCCCACCCCUCCAACCAACGCUAUACACAGACCACACACAUGAACACGCACGCACACACGCACAUGUCUGUGUGGCAGCUCGCCUCUCAAGGUGUGGCUCUGGCAGACAUCAAAGGACCCGGGGGGGGGGGGGAAGAGAGGUGGUGUGUGUGUGUUGUCACGCCUCAGCCCCCCCCACCACCAACCCCACGACUCAGCCCCCCCCCCCCCCCCUUCCCCCUCAUCUAGAUUAAAUCUGCGUUUUGUGGCGUCCAAUCUCUCCCUCUCUCCAUGUUUCCAGAGGGCAUUCCUUUGAAGUGCGCUCUGUGUCUGGUCCCCGGGGCCGCAGGAGACUGCAGGGACCGUCUGUACGAGCAGCACUCUGCACAACCAUGUAACAUUAUUUUGUCUGUUUUUUUUUUCUUCAAAACCAAGUUUUGAAAUUGGUGUGAAACACGAGAUGCUGAGGCGGUCUGAAAGGACAAGUUAUUUAUUUUGUUUGUCACUAAUUGCACAUGGAGAUGUUCUUUCGCCCUUGUGCGGGCAAGGAUGAAUUCGUUUUUUCUCCUCACCAUUGAGGUGGGGAUGGUCAGCUGGUGGUGCUUUACUCCAUAGCUCAGAUAUAUAUAUAUAUUUAUUUUUCAUUCUAAAGUGUUUGGUCCAAUCCCCACUGUCCCUGCCUCAUGGACACUCAACGGUUGGAGGAUAGACGGUAUGGGAAACGUUAAAUUCCCGCUCUCGGAUGGCUAAGUAGUGCGUCAGUCGUGUGUGGGUUUCUACCAGGUUGAUUUAAGCCCACAUUUUGAGGCAGCUCGAUGACGAGUGCUGUAUAAAGUAUAUAUUAAAUAACGUGACUGUCUUCUAUAAUACCGUCUCGCCACCAGAGGGCAGAGUACCUCAAUGCUCCCUCCGACAACAACACCACCACCACAACCGUGCAUGGCAGGGGUUUCAACCACACCGAUGUGGGUUAUCAGGGAAAACUGAGCUGGACAGCACCUGGAGGUGGCGCCGGGGAUGGCGUUCUCUUGAUUUAUUUAUUUUUCUGGACUACAUGUAGAUAUUGCACUUUAAAAAAACAUCUAACAUAAACAAGUCGUCCUCUCAUUCUGAAUCAACUAGUGCUUCCUUCUGUGAGUGCAUAUUUUCGGUGUACGUUUUCAGUGUCGGUGCGCGGGACUGCAUGUAUGGGCCAAAAUUAGCAAUCUGAGUGUGUGUGAGCGAGCGUGUGUGAGUGUAUGUAUGUGUUGUGUAAAAGCACGCUCAAAACUGGCCCCACAGUGUUUCUUUCUCACACUGGCCCACCCUACCCCUCUCCCCGUCCCCCCCCCGUCCUACACACAGACCUUCGCCUCCCGCCUCCCCACAGAUCACCGGGACGUCCUGACACACUGAGCACACCCUCCUCUGUCUGCAGUGCAUGCUGGGACGCCAAACGCAGCUUAUGUGCGACGUGGCCCAGGCCACGUCGCACACAUGGGUGGGAGGUGGUGAAACAGACAAACGGAAAAAAACACAAAACAUUGGCAGCUAUGGGGCUACACUGCAAUCAAGACAAAAUGCAAAAUUGCCUGUUGUGGAGUCCAGUCCGGUCUGGGCUGCGUGGGGGGGGGGGGGGUGUUGAGGGCAAACGAUGAACAUUGUCUUUUCCUCUGCCACUGCGAUGGCGGGAGGUUCUUGUAUAUGCAAACUCAAUGUAAAGAUUCUCUAUGAUGGUGUGCACAUGGUGUCCACCACCGAGAAACCCCCUCUCCUCCCCCCUCCCCCCCUCCCCUUUUGUGAGGCUGCCAUAUUCUGAGGGGAUUCUGUGGAGGCGUGACGUCUAGUAUUUAUUUAUUUGUGAGCUCACAGGUGCAUACACAGGGGUGGGGUGGAUGGCCAACAACAUGCAGCGCCAGGGGAAGAGUUUAUUUAUUGAUUUUUUUUUUUGGGGGCCGCUGAAAUGUUGCUUAGGUGGGGUGAGGUCAAAACUCCCUCCCUCCCCACCAACUUUAGGCUAUUGUUAGCUGGGGGGGUAGGGGAGGUGAUUUGGGAUCUGCUUUCAUUCUGCUGCCCCCUGUGGCGGGAGGCCCGGUGCAUACCGAAUCACGACAAUGGUGGCAGCCAUUUCCUUUUCUGACAGGCUGAGGCGAGACCUUCAGCGGUGGUGUGUGUGGAGUUCUCUCCCUUGUCUGUGGCACACUGAGCUGCUACACUUUCUGGGAUUUUUCAAAUUGCUCAGAUUUUUGCUCUUUGUAAGGAUACAAUCACGCGGGGUUCCUGCCGACACGCACACACACACAGACGCAGACACACAGAUACACACACACACAGAUGGACACACGCACACACAUGCACAAAGAUGGAAACACACACACACAGAUGGACACACAGAUGCAGACGCACAAAGACAGACUUUCAUAGACAGACACACACAUUGACACGCACAGACACUUGCAUAGACUGACGUAGACAGACAGACAGAUACACACAUUCUGAGUGCCAUUCUUUAUCGUUUAGUAACUGUUCCAAGGGCAGUAUAUUCAGCACCGCGUUCUGUGUACAUCCAUUAUAUAUUUGAUAUGCGAUGGAACUUUUGUUUAUUCUCUUGGCAGGGUACCCUGCCCCCAAGAUGGCGACACGGUAUGUUGAGUUAACUUGGGGGGGGGGGGGAUCUUGGUUUAUUUAUUUGUCUUGGGUUUUUUAGCGAGUCAGGUGUCGAUGCAGGGUUCUGAGCAGGCAAUGAGGGUGGCAUGGGAUCUGUGUUCCCCUGUGCGGUCAUGACCCCCUCCCUCUUGUGGCGUGAGACGUGUGUGGUUACAUGACAACGGGUAACGUGGCUCCUCAUUGGACCUCCCUACUCGUCCCGCCCCCCCCCCCUCCAUCCCCCUCCCCAAAUCUCCCGUGUACCAUCGUGACGGCGAACUAUGGGUGGGUAUAGGGACCUUUUACUACUUAUACUGCUACUACUAGUACUACUAAAGUCACUUUUUUUUUUGUUUUUGUUUUUCUUAAAAACAAACACGCAAAACAAGACAAAAAAAUAGAACGACAACCGUAGAAUUCAGAUGCCAUAAGUUGUAACUGUACAUAAAUGCGAGAUUUGUACGGUGAACCGUGUGUGUACACGCACACGAAAAGAACAAAAGCGCACACGUUAAAUGGCACACGCGUACACGUUAUGACUACUGAACACUGAGAGGAACGGUAUGUAUUUUCUCGAAUGAAUGCGACCUGUUGCACUGUGAGCUCAAUGUGACGUGAGAGUUGUUUGUCAAGAUUAUUAAAUGAUGAAAAAAGAUAUAUAUAUAUAAUAUUUAAUGUAAAGUUAGUUACUAUGAAACAUUACUGAGAACAUCUGUAUAACUUAUAUGAAUGUAUUGUCUUGCUAUACUGGACAUAUCCAAAUGAUGCAUUUUAUUGUAAAGCAAUAAUGUGGGGGAAAAAAUAAAAUGGCAAAAAAUAAUUCCUGUA